CAUGCAAGGCCUUUAUCUCAUCACCAUCGAAACACAAAAUAAAAAAAAAAAUGAUAUUCCCCAAGUUUUCCGGAACCCUAAUCAUGGCACUACUUGCCCUAGUCAUGGCUCAAACCCUCCAAGCCCAAGACUCACCACAAGACUACGUCAAUGCCCACAACAGGGCCCGGGCCGAGGUCGGCGUUGGCCCCGUCUCGUGGGACAACACAGUUGCAGCCUUUGCCCAGAACUAUGCCAGGCAGCGAGCCGGGGACUGCAGGCUCAUCCACUCGGGCGGUGGCGGUCGGUACGGUGAGAAUCUGGCCAUGAGCACCGGUGGAUUGACCGGGGUCGAUGCCGUGGCCCUGUGGGUGAACGAGAAGGUCGACUACGACUACAAUUCCAACACGUGUCGGCCCGGGAAAGUGUGUGGACAUUACACUCAAGUGGUGUGGAGAAACACUGUUAGGAUUGGGUGUGCUAAAGUGAGGUGCAACAGUGGCGGGACUUUCAUCACGUGCAACUAUGAUCCUCCCGGCAACUACGUUGGACAAAAGCCCUACUAAGAUAUGAAAUAUGAUGUUAUAUAUGUAAUAGAAUAAUGCUUGAAUAAUGCUUGUCAUCGUCAUCUAUGGAUAAGCUUUGUAUCGAAUAUGCUCGUGUAUGAAUAAUAUGUUAGAAAAUGGUA